GCAUUGCGUCCCCGUUACGUCCUUUGACGUUGUGUUUCCUAGCGCAUCUUUUCAUUGGAAGACUCUUUGGCAGAAAACACGUGUGGACCAUAUCCAGGGCUAAGCUAAAAGGUCCUUAAAUCAUCGUGGUGGUUCUGGAACCAAACUGAACGCAAGAUGACGAGCGAGGAUGUGGAGCGGCUGCUGAUCCAGUUUCAGGACGAGGAAGGGGAGGUUCUGGGUUCACCUUUUGAUGUGCCUCUCGACAUCACCCCCGACAAACUGCAGCUCGUCUGCAAUGCCUUGCUGCAAAAGGACGAGCCCGUGCCUAUGGCGUUCUUUGUGCGUGGCGAGGCCGAGGUGGUGUCCAGUCUGGGAAUCUGCAUCAAGGCUCUCGGAGUGGAGACGGAGCAGGUUCUGCCGGUGGUGUACCAGCCUCAGGCCGUGUUCAGGGUUCGGGCCGUGAGCCGCUGCACCAGCACGCUGCAGGGACACACGGAGGCGGUCAUCUCCACUGCGUUCAGUCCUACGGGCAAAUAUCUGGCCAGUGGAUCAGGAGACACCACAGUCCGCUUUUGGGACCUGACGACUGAGACGCCCCAUCACACUGCCAGAGGACACGCUCACUGGGUUCUGAGCAUCGCCUGGUCACCUGAUGGAAAGAAGCUGGCUUCAGGGUGCAAGAACAGUCAGAUCUGUCUUUGGGAUCCGGUGACAGGAACACAGAUAGGGAAGACUUUGACGGGACACACCAAGUGGAUCACUUGGCUCUGCUGGGAACCUCUCCAUCUUAACCCAGAGUGCAGGUACUUGGCCAGCAGCUCUAAGGAUGGCUCCGUGCGUAUCUGGGACACCGUUUUGGGACGCUACGAUAAGAUCUUGACAGGACACACUCAGUCAGUCACCUGUGUGAAAUGGGGAGGAGAUGGACUUCUCUACACUUCCUCCCAGGACCGCACUGUCAAAGUGUGGAGGCCAAAAGAUGGCGUCCUGUGCAGGACUCUGCAGGGUCACGCCCACUGGGUGAACACCCUGGCGCUCAGCACGGAUUACGUCCUGCGCACCGGCGCGUUCGAACCUGCGACCGCCACCAUCAACCCCCAGGAUCUCACUGGAUCUUUGGACGAGAUAAAGGAGCAAGCUUUGCAGAGAUACAACAAAGUUAGGGGGUCCGCUCCAGAGCGGCUGGUGUCCGGCUCUGAUGAUUUCACCUUAUUCCUGUGGAAUCCUGCCGAAGACAAAAAGCCUUUAGCCAGGAUGACCGGCCACAGCGCUCUGGUCAACGAAGUGCUCUUCUCCCCCGACACCAGGCUCCUCGCUUCUGCUUCAUUUGAUAAGUCCAUUAAAAUCUGGGACGGACGGACUGGAAAGUACCUGAUGUCUCUGCGUGGUCAUGUGGGAUCUGUGUAUCAGGUGGCGUGGUCGGCAGACAGCCGGCUGCUGGUCAGCGGCAGCAGUGACAGCACACUCAAAGUGUGGGAUGUGAAGACUGGCAAGCUUAAUAUGGACCUUCCUGGUCACGCUGAUGAGGUUUAUGCUGUUGACUGGAGUCCUGACGGACAGAGAGUGGCAAGCGGCGGGAAAGACAAAUGUCUUCGAAUAUGGAGAAGAUAGCCACAUAUGUGCCCUCUCUACUAGCUAGCUUUGUGUAAAGCUUCAGACUGCUGGAGCAGAGGCUGGCCAGAGUGGAUCUAGUCCUCCGUCUCCACAGCGUCUGUCUCAGAUGGCAUUGUGUCGUGGAACGCCAGUCUUGCCACAAUACAGAUGUUUUGUCCUGGUUUCAUGUCCAAGUGUAAACUAUUUACAGUGCAGGGGUGUAAAAAAAAAAAAAAAAGCUCACCCAAAGGGAUGAGAUUACUUCACAUAAGAAAAAAACAUAUUUGAAAAAAGAUAUCUAAUUGAAGGAACUAUACUAACCCUGAUCUGUAUUAAUCAGGCACCAGUUUGCAGAUUAUUUAAAAGUUGUAAACCAUCGCUGUUGUGAUGUACUCUAAAAGAUUUGCAGAGAAUUUUCAUAAAUCAUCAAAAAAAAAAAAAAUACACAGCUCCUUUUUCCUUGUUCUCGGUUCUUGCGAUGCUCUGGAGAUCUUCUUUAGGAGAACAGGUGGUGCUAAGAUGUAACAUGUGUGAGUGUUAAUGCCUCCCUCUGUGAUGUUAGGACCACUGUUGCUAGUCCAACUCCUUCAGCCACUAAUCUCUGCCAUCAGCAUGACCUUCUACACAUUUCUAAUCAUCCAGAGAAGUUGCAGUGUCAGGGAACCCCUGAUCUCCUCCUCAUCCCACAUUGGGAAACCUCUUAGUGUCCUUAACAUGAAAUUUAGGUAAUGGUUCUUCUUGUGUUCCAACUUGAGGUUUCCCAAACAGCCUGUCGAGUUAACAGCAAAGUGGCAAGGGGGGAAAAAAAAUUCCCCUCUGAGCUUCUUAAAGAUUGAAUGGUUGACAGAUGUUGAUGGAAACCAGGUUGUAUACAUUCAUUGUCCAAUCUCAGUGUACUGUCAUGCAUUAUGAUGACAAUAAAGGCAUAUCUGUCUAAUGA